AUCCCCCUUCCGCAUUCCCCCUUCCGCAUUCCCCCUUCCGCAUUCCCCCUUCCGCAUCCCCCUUUCCCCAUCCCCCUUUCCCCAUCCCCCCUUCUGCAUUCCCCCUUCCGUAUUCCCCCUUCCGCAUUUCCCCUUCCGCAUCCCCCCUUCCGCAUUCCCCCUUCAGCAUUCCCCCUUCCGCAUUCCCCCUUCCGCAUUCCCCCUUCCGCAUACCCCCUUGCGCAUUCCCCCUUCCUCAUUUCCCCUUCCGCAUUCCACCCUCCUCAUCCCCCCUUCCGCAUUCCCCAAUCCGCAUUUCCCCCCUUCCGCAUUCCACAGUCCUCAUUCCCCCUUCCGCAUUCCCCCCUCCGAAUCUCCCAUUGCGCAUCCCCCCUUGCGCAUUCCCGUUCCGCAUUCCCCCUUUCGCAUUUCCCUUUCCCCAUCCCCCCUUCCGCAUUCCCCCUUCAGCAUCCCCCCUUCCGCCAUCCCACCUUCCGCAUCCCCCCUUCCGCAUUCUCCCUUCCACAUUCCCCUUUCCUCAUUUCCCCUUCCGCAUUCCAUCUUCAUCAAUCCCCCUUCCGUAAUCCACCAUCUGCGUUCCCCCUUCCGCGUUCCCCCUUCCGCGUUCCCCCUUCCGCGUUCCCCCUUCCGCGUUCCCCCUUCCGCGUUCCCCUCCGUUCCCCGUUCCCCCUUCCGCGUUCCCCCUUCCGCGUUCCCUCUUCCGCGUCCCCCCUUCCGCGUUCCCCCUUCCGCGUUCCCCCUUCCAGGUUCCCCCUUCCCCAUUCCCCCUUCCGCGUUCCCCCUUCCGCGUUCCCCCUUCCCCAUCCCCCCUUCCACGUUCCUGCCUCAAACUCACUCCCUCGUGCUUCUUGCCUCAUAG